AUAAAAAAAAAUAAAAUAUAUAUACUCUUUCGCAAACUGCAUUCGUGGAGAAGUGGCGAAACACCAAACCAGACCUCAAAAAAAUCAAAAAAAAUCUUGAUUGUUUCUGGUGUGGAACAGAUCUACUGAUACAGUACAAAAUCAUCUUCUUGCUUACAUUUUUCAAUCCACUGACAUUAAUAUCAUCAUUGGUUGGAUCUAUUUAUAUAUAUAGACACAGAAAGAUGAACAUAUUCAGAUUAGCGGGGGACAUGACCCAUCUGGCCAGUGUUCUUGUUUUGCUUCUCAAGAUUCACACUAUCAAAUCUUGUGCUGGUGUUUCACUAAAGACUCAAGAGCUCUAUGCUCUUGUCUUCGCUACUCGCUACCUGGAUAUUUUUACUGAUUUUGUCUCGCUAUACAAUACUGUGAUGAAGCUAAUCUUCUUGGGGAGCUCUUUCUCAAUUGUUUGGUACAUAAGGCACCAUAAAAUUGUCCGCAGAUCCUAUGAUAAAGACCAGGACACCUUUCGCCACUACUUUCUUCUGCUACCUUGUUUCCUUUUGGCCCUAUUUAUACAUGAAAGGUUCACUUUCAAAGAGGUAAUGUGGACUUUUUCUUUAUAUUUGGAGGCUAUUGCCAUACUUCCUCAACUGGUGUUGCUACAAAGGACAAGAAAUAUUGACAAUUUGACAGGGCAAUAUGUGUUCCUCCUUGGUGCAUAUAGAGCACUUUAUAUCUUGAACUGGAUAUACCGCUACUUCACAGAACCACAUUUUGUUCAUUGGAUAACUUGGAUAUCUGGGCUUAUUCAGACACUGCUUUAUGCUGAUUUCUUCUACUACUACUUCCAAAGCUGGAAGAAUAACGUAAGGCUUCAGUUACCAGCUUGAGCUUCGACCUGAUUAUCUGGGCUGACUAACAUUGCUCAAGCUGUAUACACACGAAUAUAUAUGUGUCUGGUUGCAGGUUUUUAGCACUUCGUGUUCUCUCAUCAACUUUUUUAUCCUUUUUGUAAGCCUGUCAAAUGCAGAAUUAUUCUUGUUUGAUCGUGAGCUGUGUGUGAGGUUGGGUUCUUUUUUUUGAAUGAAAGGGGGGAGGGUUACCAGAUAGCACGAAAGAGUAUUCAUUAGCGGCUUAGCGCCAUAUGUUGUUUAUUACUAUACACCAAGCUAGAGAUUUGUAUAAAUUUUCGGCAUUGUUGCA